AGAUUGCGAAACUUGAAGUGGACUGUCACUUCGCUUCGAUCGUUUCAGUGAGAGGGAUGGCAGUUCUGCCAGGGAAACCCCUUUUAUCUGCACUUUUCUACAUCAUACUCCUGUCAGAAGGACCUUUCCGAUGGGUUGAGGCCCAGCACUGUGUGUGGUACGGUGAGUGUGGAGAGUCGGUAAAGGUGCCUGGAAAAAAGUACAACUGCAACUACACUGGUCCUGCCCAACCGCUACAACCCGAGGGUUAUGACCUUCUCACGGAGCUCUGUCCUGGAUAUGACUAUGAAAACCGAAGCCUUUGUUGUGAUGUUGACCAGUUGCACACUCUCAAAGGGAGUCUCCAGCUGCCCCUUCAGUUCCUGUCUCGCUGUCCCGCCUGUUUCUUCAACCUGAUGAACCUCUUCUGUGAGCUGACAUGCAGCCCUCACCAGAGUCAGUUCAUGAAUUCCACCAAGAUCGACGACGACAACAAUGUUUUGGAAGUGCAGUACUAUAUUGGAAAUAAUUUUUCUCAUGCCAUGUACAAUGCCUGUAAGGACGUGCAGGCACCAUCCAGCAACGUGAAGGCCUUAUCGCUGCUGUGUGGGAAGGAUGCAAGUGACUGCAAUGCAACCAACUGGAUCCAGUAUAUGUUUGAUAUUAACAACGGACAGACUCCCUUUCCUAUCAUCCCAAUAUUCUCAGAUGUUCCGGUAUCUGGUUACACUCCCAUGAACAACAAGACAUAUGACUGUACCGAAGGUCUGGAGGACGGUUCAGGUCCCUGCUCCUGUCAGGACUGCGCAAAGGCCUGUGGACCCAAACCUGUACCUCCCCCCAUCCCUCCUCCCUGGACAAUCCUGGGUCUCGAUGCCAUGACUGUCAUCAUGUGGAUCUCUUAUAUGGCCUUCCUGCUUAUCUUUGUUGGAGCUGUACUGGGAGCUUGGUGUUACAGGAAAAGGACCAUCAUGUCUGAGUACGGCCCCAUAUUGGACAGCAAUAACCCACUGUCUCUCAACAGUGAUGAUCCUAACCAAGUAAAUGCAACAUGCUGUGAAACUUUGGGCGAACGCUUCGAGAAUGCCCUGCGGAUCAUCUUCAGCACCUGGGGUUCCUUCUGUGUGCGCCAUCCCUCUGUGGUCCUUCUGGGCAGCCUGAUUCUGGUGGUCGCCGCCUCGGGGGGCCUGGUCUACAUGCGCAUCACCACAGACCCCGUUGAGCUCUGGUCCUCUCCCACUAGUCAGGCUCGUGAAGAGAAAGACUACUUUGACAGUCACUUCGGACCCUUCUUUAGAACUGCGCAGCUCAUCAUAACCACUCCACUAAAUGAAACCUUCAUCUACUCCCCAUACUUUGGAGGAUCAGACGUGCCAUUUGGAGCCAUCCUGGACAAAGACAUCCUGCACCAGGUGCUAGAUCUGCAGCUUGAUAUUGAAAGCAUUGUCGCCACAUACGAGGGCCAAAACGUCACUCUGAAGGACAUUUGCCUGGCCCCGCUGGCCCCGUACAAUAACAACUGUACCAUCUUGAGCAUCCUAAACUACUUCCAGAACAGCCAUGCUGUGCUCGACCACAGCAUAGGAGACGACUUCUUUGUCUACGCUGACUAUCACAGCCACUUCCUCUACUGUGUCAGUGCACCAGCGUCCCUCAAUGACACCACUCUCCUGCACGACCCCUGUUUAGGCACCUUUGGUGGCCCCGUAUUCCCUUGGCUGGCCCUUGGGGGUUACGAUGAUACAAACUACAACAAUGCCACUGCUCUUGUGAUCACCUUCCCAAUCAACAACUACCUGAAUGACACCGUCAGGCUGGGCAAAGCUCUGGCAUGGGAGAAAGAAUUCAUCACAUUCAUGAAGAACUUCAACAACCCCAACCUGACCAUAGCCUUCAGUGCAGAGAGGAGUAUUGAAGAUGAGAUCGACAGAGAGAGCGACAGUGACAUCAGCACCAUAGUAGUCAGCUAUGCCAUCAUGUUCAUCUACAUUUCUCUGGCCCUGGGUCACAUCAACAGCUUCAGGAGAUUGAUGGUGGACUCUAAGAUUUCUCUGGGUAUAGCAGGUAUCCUGAUUGUGCUCACCUCUGUGUCCUCCUCACUGGGCAUCUUCAGCUAUUUCGGCAUCCCCCUUACCCUCAUUGUGAUUGAAGUUAUUCCUUUCCUGGUGCUGGCUGUCGGAGUGGACAACAUCUUUAUUAUAGUACAAACAUAUCAGAGGGAUGAGCGGAUGCCCCAGGAGGAACUUCACCAGCAGAUUGGUCGUAUUCUUGGAGACGUUGCCCCCAGCAUGUUCCUGUCUUCCUUCUCUGAGACUGUGGCCUUCUUCCUGGGAGCUCUGUCCAACAUGCCUGCAGUGAGGACUUUCUCUAUGUUUGCUGGCUUGGCUGUUUUUAUCGAUUUCCUGUUGCAGAUCAGUUGCUUUGUCAGCUUGCUCGGUUUGGACGCCAAGAGACAGGAGAGUAAUCGGUUCGACAUCUGUUGCUGUGCGAAGCUUCCGGAAGGUCAGGAACCAAAGACAGACAGCUUCCUCUUCCGUUUUUUCAAGAAAGUCUUUGCACCAUUUGUCCUCAAGGAGUGGGUGCGACCAAUCAUAGUGGCAGUGUUUGUGGGGAUGCUCUCCUUCAGUAUUGCUGUGGUGAAUAAAGUCCAACUUGGACUGGACCAGAAACUCUCCAUGCCUGAUGACUCGUACGUGCUGGACUACUUUAAAAACCUCAGCAUGUAUCUCCAUACUGGAGCUCCAGUGUACUUUGUGGUGGAGGACGGUCUAAACUACAGUAGCCCAGAGGGCCAGAAUGUGGUGUGUGGCGGAGUCGGCUGUAACAACAACUCUCUGGUGCAGCAGGUCUAUACUGCCUCGCUCAUCAGCAACUACACUACUAUUGCUUUCACACCUUCCUCUUGGCUCGAUGACUACUUUGACUGGGUGAAGCCGCAGUCCACUUGCUGUCGAUACUACAACAGCACUGGGGCUUUCUGCAAUGCCUCUGUGGUAAAUCCCUCCUGUGUACACUGUCGGCCCAUGACUCCCAGUGGAAAACAAAGGCCAGAAGGAGAGGACUUCAUGCGGUUUCUACCCAUGUUUCUGUCAGACAAUCCAAACAUCAAAUGUGGAAAAGGCGGUCAUGCAGCCUACGCCACAGCAGUUGACCUUUAUCCCGACGACACGGGGGUCGGAGCCACGUACUUCAUGACUUACCACACCAUAAUGAAGGAAUCCCCAGACUACAUAGAGGCUUUAAAAAUGGCCCGAAUCCUGGCUGACAACAUCACUCAGGCCACGGGCCACAAAGUUUUUGCCUACAGCGUCUUCUACGUGUUUUACGAGCAGUACCUCACCAUCGCGUACGACACCGCUCUGAACCUGAGCGUGUCGCUGGCAGCGAUAUUUGUCGUGACGGCGGUGUUGUUGGGCUUCGAGCUGUGGUCAGCUGUGCUGGUCAGCGUCACCAUCGCCAUGAUCCUGGUCAACAUGUUCGGCGUCAUGUGGCUGUGGGACAUCAGCCUCAACGCAGUGUCUCUCGUCAACCUGGUCAUGUGCUGCGGCAUCUCGGUGGAGUUCUGCAGUCACAUUGUGCGAGCGUUUUCCAUCAGUGUGAAGAGGAGCAGAGUGGAGCGGGCGGAGGAGGCCCUGGCUCACAUGGGCAGCUCUGUUUUCAGUGGGAUCACAUUAACAAAGUUUGGAGGAAUCCUAAUCCUGGCGCUCUCCAAGUCGCAGAUCUUCCAGGUCUUCUACUUCAGGAUGUACUUGGCCAUCGUGCUGCUGGGGGCGACGCACGGCCUCAUCUUCCUCCCCGUUCUGCUCAGUUAUAUCGGUCCUUCAGUUAACAAAGCCAAGGUGUUUGCUGCUAACAAGCGCUACGAAGGUACAGAAAGGGAGCGCCUCAUCAACUACUAGAAGACUGUUUGGGACAAGGAACAAUGAACUAUUUGUCUGGAAGGGACCGAGUGGGUGUGAGCUCCAGCCGUUUCUGUGAUUACUGACACACUCAUCGACGCAACUACUAUGCACGGAUUUAACUCAGGAAGACGCUUGGGGAAAAGGAGUGCCAGAUUGAUUUUCCUCAGAAGACAUUGGACCCCAUCAUUCCUCCUCCUCACACUACAGGACAAGCCCGACUACUGCAUUUGAAGCACAGGCGACAUACCACUGGAAAAAAAGAAAGUGUGGCAGUAGGAGAGACGCCACCCUCAAUGUCAGUUUACAGACAAACUCCCAGUCAGUUCCAUACGCUAUGAGCUGUUUUGAUUUGGGAAACUCAAAAGGGUAUAACUGGUCAGUUUUUCCAUUUUAAAAAAAUAUAUAUAUUAGAAAAAAACUGUGUAUAAGGAAAUUAUUUUGAAACUUACAUAAGACUUUUGUAGAACUAUUUGAUAUUAUGUAUUCUUAAUUGACCACAACAAGGCACACAUAACAUAACAAUAACGAUAUCAUAGGCCCUCAUAAUACCUGGCAUUAACAUGUAUCACAUCUACAUAUUUUAUUAUAAAGCAGGCCAGCUAGUUGUAGCAUUUUCACCUAGCAAUAAUGUAUUUCUGGUGCAGCGUUUAAGUAUUUGGGAGGUUAAGUUUAGACUCCAGCACACUGGAUUUAGAUUUUCAGCUUAAAGGGUUUUUGGGUGUGUUUACAUCCAGGAAGUGUAGCCCCUUUUACUUUAGGGAGUAUACAUCAGAAGCACUUUCAAAAUGUACUGUAACGCAGAGCCAAAACAAAACAGUCCAAGUACUUGUGCACCCUUAGGUGUUGUGUGUUGCUCUCCAAACUGCAUCCUGCCUUGUCUUUUCUUUCCACAUUGGAAGCUAUUUACAUGAUCCAGCGCAACAUUUUAUUGCAGAGCUCGUUAAUGUAUCAUAAGUGUCCUUCUGAAGUGUUUGCAUGACUAGAUUGUUAGUCCCUCUUGGUGCAUUUACAAAAAAAAUAACCCUACAGAUACAUGUUGAUGCCAGAUGAAAGGGACCUAUAACGGUUUUACACUCAAGUGUAAAUGAGACAUUUUACAGUUACUGAACAUUUGUUGCAUUAAGAAGUGAAGAGAUAAAGCUUUACAUUUAACUGUCAAUAACUUACACAGGCCUCAUUUAGAUGUAUUCCUUUGUCUUCUAAAGUGUGUUAAUACAGAAUACUGUAGAAUGACUGGAUAAUGGUACAGUCCUGGGGUUUUCAUUCCAACACAUUUAAGUUAUUAUUAGUUUUUUAUUAUUAUUUUGUUAACUUUUAACAUUUUGUUGCCAUGCAUAGCGGUCUUAAAAACCCUCCAUUGACAAUGCAAGUAAAGGAAUCACUUUGUUUUCAAGGAGAAGCAGAAACAUCCCAGGAACGUGUUCAUUUGCAUAACCUGCACCUCAACAUGUCUGGGUGGUGUGCUCCCACUAUUUUAGUUUUAAUUGGGUUGUGAUAUCAGUAAGUUAAGUUAAUGGAACUGUACCAUUCCUUGUUUUUAGUCUUCUGGUGCUGUUUGUUUCCCAUGAUGGAGUAAUGAGUUUUAUUUCGUUUGUUGUUGUUUUUUCAUUUUUGAACAACGGACUGAAAAAGUUGUACCAUGAAUAACGAAGAAUUGUGCUUGUUAACAGUGCUGUGCAUUGACCUGGACAAAUCAUCUCUGAUACUGAAGGAUAUGAUUGUGGGAAAAGAGACUAAACCAAGCUGUUUUUAACAAUUUUAACACAUUAAAUACUUAUCAGAAAAGUA